AUGUUUUUUCGGUGGAAAACGAUCUGGUCCCCUAUUUAUUUCGCAUCGACCUUCGCUGUGACGACGUCGACGUUGAUGAACGGCGACCGUAUUAGGUGAAGUCCUCGGGGGAGAGAGAGCGCGUGAAGCGAGGAGGGCGCCAGAGAGCCUAGAACAAGCGAAUAGUUUGCACAGUCGCAGGACGACAAACGCCGUCGUGCUCCAUUCCGUUGCACGGCUAUCGAUUAUCGGAAGAGCUACAGCGUCUCUCCAAGUGCUCACUCGAGGGGUUUGGCAUUUUGGUUCGUUUGCCGCUCGUUUGAGACCAUUGUAGAGAGAGUCUGGUCACGAUUGGCAAGAAUUAUUAGAAAAGAAAAAGUUUUUAGGAUUCUAUUAGAUUCAAACAGGAUCAUGGGGUUUUUAAAGCUCAUCAGUCGGAGUUAUCUUCAAUUUACUCACAAGAGAGAUAGUUUUAAUUUGCGAUUGGGAAUUACCUGAAAAUUAGCCAAAACCCUUUUUGAUGUACUAGAAGAAAAAUCUGAAAGUCUCAACCUGCAAAGCUUCCCAGUUUUCGAGAAAUAAGGGCCUAAAGCCCCAAAAUACCAUAUUUUUAUAGGUUUUCUUUGACUUUAAUGCGUCGCUUCUCAAAAACGAGGAGUUUAUGCAGGUUGAGACUUUCAGAAACUUCUACUGGUACAUCAAGGAGCGUUCUGGCCAAUUUUCAGAAAAAAAAUCCCAACUGCAAUGUCAAAUCUCUUGUCAGAAAAGGGUUUCUCGUCGUGAAACCUGUUGAAAAAUGGGAAUUCCCUCUUGUCUAAAAUGACAGAAAUCAAAAUUUGAAGCUACGAACUUUUCCCAAUCUGAGAAAUCACUGAAACGUUUUUCCAAAACCAACAUAGAGGAAUCUUCUCAAUUUCUCCAGUUUUCAGCUUCAAUCGCCAAACACAAACUUCAAAGUUAGAAACACAUUUCCAGCCCUCAAUAUUCGAUUCCGGGCCACAAGCAGCUCCCCAUAAUGGAGCUCCUUUUCUUCAGCACCCCGUUUCGCAUUCAGCGGAGACUGGAUUCAGUCGCCGUGCGACGGCUGCCGAUGUGUACACAGACAGGCGUUGUCGUGGAGGGAAUCCCGACGUCGAGUGAGGAGAUUGGUUUAUUUGUGGAGCCCCGAGGAACGAGAGCUAAACGCCAUUGUUCGGAUAUAUCGCUCGAAAGUCAGUUUCUGUCGUUUGUGGCUCCGAAUCGGAGACGGUGUCUGAAGGGAAGUUAG